UCUGUGAAUAAUUUAAUUUACAAUCUGUAUUCAGAAAUAAAAAUUUAUAUCAAUUUAUACUUCGCUUACUAUAGGACUAAAAUAAAAACAAAUAGUUAACUAAAUUAACAUGGGAAACUGGAAAUUGGAAGUAGGAAGAAUGGCAAUGUACAUGUCAUUUCCGGUUAUACUUUUCCAUUACUUUAACCAACCUGCUUAUUUCGAAGAGUGGGUGACAAAUACUAAGCGCAAUAUUUUUCCACCGGAAAAUGCUAAGGACAGAGAAGAUAUCGAACAUCUUAUUAAAUCUAUGAAACAGAAACAAAUGCAAAGUUUGGAGGGUGAAUAAUAUUUUUUCAGCCAUCAAUGUAUUCGGUAUGAUGGUAUCUUUAUAAAUAACCUGCUUGAUAGCAAUAAACUUUAGAAUAAAUGUAAAUAAAUGUUUAAGUUUGUUAUAUAAGGGAUUUUUUCUUUAUAGAAACUCCUAUUUCAAAAUAAGAUACAAUACAGAAUUUUUAACGUAUAUAAUAAAAUAUUGUAACUAAAAUAACUUACAGCUUUCUUAUCAGGUAGAAUCUGAAUUGUGUCAAACAUGGUCAAGCCAUUUAUUUUCUAUUGUAUAUAUUUUUUUGUAAUUCUUCUGUAUUACAAGAGAAAACUCUGAUUGAUAUUUCAAAUAUAUUUAUUACGCAUUUUUUAAUAACAAUAAUAUCUCUAUUUUAAAUAUACAAUCUAUAUUUAAUCAA